GAGGAGGGAGGCAGAGAGCUGGAACUGCGGAGCAGCGCGUUCCGUGUUUGCCUCCUCAGUCCCGGGAAGUCCCGGUCUGUCACCCAAACAACACCCCGGAGCUAAUAAGCCUUCAUGUCAACCCCGUAGACAAGGACAAGAAUGUAAACCAACGUCAUUUCUUUCAAAAUAUUCACCAUUUUCAACGCUCGUGGUAUUUUUUUUCAUCGCUUUCGCGUCCCCGUUGGUCCGAGGACUGGUCUCCAGCGUGCGACAACAGGAGGAGAACUCACGUAAGAGGACCGUCGGGGCGUGAGGAGAACGACCCCCGGGAGAUGAAGCGGGCUGACGGCGGUGACAGCAGUCCAGGUAACAGCACCAGGAGUGGGAAGAAGGAGGAGAAGCGCCGCCGCCGCCGCCGCCGCCGCUGCUGCUGCAGCUCCACAGCCGCUGCCAGGCUCCACACUCCGGGAAUCAUGGGUAAAAGACAAGUGAAGGUAAAGAGCCUGAGCUCCUUGCUGCAGUAUUGAUGACCCAAUGAUCCCUGCAGAACAGAGCCAGUCUACCAGACAAAGUCCCUCAAAGGUCUUGACUGAAAUCAAGAAGAAGAGAAGAGGCUUAGGUCACUCUCAGACCUGAGGCUCGAGUGGCCUGCACUGGGACAAAAGACAAUCAGUUUCUUUGGUGAAGUGGAAGACCUGUAGCAGAGCUGUACUCAGGACCAGGGAGUCUAGGCUCCAGAAUGGGUCCAAGGAUCAAACUUUUGAUCUGGCAUUGGUGACCGCCAGUUGCUCCCUGCCUUCGACCAGGGUUACCGGUGUUAACAUACUCAGCAGACGAGGGACAAGAACGUGUCAUCGGUGGAUGCCGCUAGGAGACAUACUCUUGCCAACUGCUUUUUAAACAUGCAAAUGCACAUUGAUCCGGAUCUUCGUGCGCAUAUUGUUCCACACAAACAUAUGGAUAAAUGUGAACCAAAAGAUAUAAAUGCAAACACCUGCUCUGUUGAACAUUCCGGAAAACGUCCAUCCGAGGUCAUAUGCACUUCACCCCUGUCCCUAGCACUUGGCAAUCAUCCUGCCACAAGCAACCAGAUGGCAGUUCCUGUGGUUAGUGGGGGUUUUGACUUUUGCCCAGUUUCAAACACUGAUGUGGGCUCCUCUCCCCUUCCUGUCGAGGUGGAGAAAAAAUAUGCACUUCGCAGCUCCGGUCGACCCCGCUUUCCGUGUCACUUGCGUAAAUCUUCCCGUCUUCGUAGAAGCCCUGACGAAGGGGAGAAGAGAGCGGAACGGGAGAAAGACAGGGCAGCAGAGGAGACAUCAGAAAACAAGAACGGUGCGGUGAAAGAUGAAGAGUUGCCGGCAGACGAAAAGCUUAAAACUGUUGAGGCAGCUCUUCCAUCCACUCCCUGCCCACCAGACAUCACAGCCCUACCUGUACCAAAGCAUGUUCCCAAGACUGUUCCUAAGCCUGGGCCUAGACUUGGUCACAAACCUGGACCCAAGUCUAAAUCAAGACCUGGACCAAAACCUGUGCAUAAACCUGGACCCAAGAGUGUGAUGAAACGGCGGCAAGCAGCUCAGUCCCAGCGGGCUGCCGCUCAACUCCCUUUACCGAACACAUGCACCAUCACUGCACCACAGCUAGCUGUGAAAAACGUUGAGCCUGCGGGAGGUGUGCUUUCCCCUAAUGGUCGGAGACGAGGGCAUUUUGUGGGAGUGAGGAGAUUUGUGGUUAAGGUUGCCCGAAUUCCCGUCAGUCUUAGCCGCCGCCAAAAGAGCUACAAAAUCUCCAAUAUGGAGACGGUGACCACCACUGAAAAAAGCAACGAUGGGAGCCUGGAUUGCCCAGAAGCUGUCCGGGAACCGACAGCACUGCUCCGAAUGAAGAACAACGGGAAGAGUGUGAUGGUUAUGUUCCCACCUGGAGAAUUACCUGUCAUUCUUAAACGUAGACGAGGCAGACCACCGAAACAGGCGCCACCAGGAAUACCAGGAGAAGCUCCUAAUUCUGGGAAUGCCACCGGAAACCAAGACCAGCAAAAGAAGCCCCGCCGGCGGCGACGGACUAAACUUCCCUGUCCAUAUCCAUCAUAUGUAAAUGACACAAAUGAUGUGAAGACAGAGUAUGGUGAUGUUUUGUCAAAACUGGCCUUUUUGAAUCGGCAGCCACCAACCACGGGCCGUAGUUCUCCACCUCGUUGUUGGACGCCGACUGAGCCUGAGAGCUUUCACACUCCAAUGGAAAACCCUGGAAUCUCCACCAUGUUGCACAGACUCACUGGGUUUAGACGGCCACGUGGUGGCAGGGGUGGGGGUGUAGGAAGAGGAGGAGGGGCAUCUGGGGGAACAGGGAUUGGCGAGCGAACGAAAAGCACUUUUAGUGAUUUUUUUGAAUCCAUUGGCAAAAAGCGGAAACUGAGUCACCUGACUGAUCAUGGGUUACCCAGGAAACGGGGAAAGGCUUCUGGUGGGGGUGGUGUUGGUCGAGGAGGGGGCGUUGUCGGAACUGAGCCUGGUGGCGAAAAGAUCGUUCGCAAAAGACGUGCAAGAAAAAAUGGUGCUUUCAAAGGGGUGGGGUUACAUAUGGCGGAAGAUUGGCCUAAUGGAACGGCAGACUGGGGGGAAGAUGGUGGCUUUGACAAAGAGAAGGCUUUAAUGGGAUAUCAAAUGUGUGGCUCUCCAAGAGGAGGCUUUUCUUCUUGUGAGUUUGGACAUAGAGGCACUUUCGGCACUUCAGGGGGGUCUCUGCCUGCUGGAGAAGACUCUCAUGGACUUUUUGCUGGAUAUUUCAGAUCCCUCCUGGACUCUGAUGACUCAUCUGACUUGUUGGAUAUGUCCGCUUCUCAAGCAACCCCUCGCAAAUGUCAAUCCACAACUGGCUUUGAGCCCUCAAGCCCUGCUCCUGGUAACAGCUGGUCCCCCGGAUUCUCUAAGUGGGGAAACAAGGGGCCAAAUUCUGAUGGGUCAGCUUCAGCACAAGGCUCUUCUACCAGACCUUCAUUUAACUAUUGUAGCCUUUCACAAACAUCACCAACCACCUUUUCCAAAUCCACCCCACCUGCUCUUUCGCACUCCCCCAGCUCGCCACAUCCCACAUCCUAUGGUCAGUACUCAUCAAACUACGCUUCUAAUGCUGGUGCAGUACAGCAGAGGUCCUCAGACUGCAGAGCUGCCUAUGGGUCAGGACACAAUAGCAGCAAGACCACAGCACUUGGACACCUGGGUUACUCCAGCUAUACAGCAGCUGCAAAGCGGGGGUUUAGUGGCUAUGGACCUAACAUGCUGCGUGGGGAACAACUUGGGCCUGGAUCCCCAGGAGGAGGGUACAUGUCUUUGACUAAAGGUCAUAACUUAAGCUCCACCGCCUCUCCUGAUGGUUAUAAGCAGUACAACUCAAACCACUGGAACUACAGACAAGGAUAUGGUGGUUGUUCCGUCGACAUUUUUGGGUCCCAGUAUCAUGGCUACAGUGAGUAUGGCUCGAACGAGUCCAAGGACAUCCUGGACAUCUCAAACUACACUCCCCAGAAGGCAAAGCGUCAACCUUUUCCAGAGAGUCUGUCAGAAUCUUCGUCUGACUCGUCGCAUCUUGGCUCUGCAGCUGCCAGUACUUGUCCUGUUCCCAUAGGAGGAACUUUCAAACCUAAUGAGGAUUCUUCAAUAAGUGGGGAGGGUGGUCAGUCCAGUCUUUCCAGCUUGGAGAAACUGAUGAUUGACUGGCACGAGAGUGCUUCUGCUCCCUCUUAUAACUGGAGCCAAAAUGUUCUUUUCCAAAGCAGUGGAACGAGUAAGCCUGGGCGCGGACGCAGAAAACGGACCGAACAGUCAGAGAAAGAAGGCGGCGCGGCGUUGCAUUGCGAAUCCCCAUCCAGUCCCUCACCAACACGUGGACCACGUCGUGGAGGUCGAGGCAGAGGGUCUCGAGGAGGUAGAGGGGGGUUAUCUGCUUGUCAAAGAGAGCGCCCAUCAGGGGCCAGAGGCCGAUGCAAGGCUGUUUCAUCUCCAGGAAUGAGUGCAGGUAUUCUGGAAGGUCCUGGAAUAUUUCAGGAGGGUCUGGAUUAUUACAGUGGUGAUAGUAGUAGCCUCUCCCCUUUGGCUAGUUCUAAUCCAGCACCUCCUUCCAGCUACCCCCAGGAACCUUGUGAAUACCCUUCCCCUUACUCUGCCCACCCCUCCACACCUUCAUCUGAGGAGCGAUAUCCAUCUUUAUACCCGGGAGAAUCCUCCUCCUCCCUCUCACCCAGUGUCUCAUCUCCCCCUUAUCCGCCUAAGCCAACCCCGCCUCCACCGCAGUCGUACCACCCUGUUCCUUCAAGGAACUUUUCCCCGUCUUGCUCUCCUUCUCCUCGUGUAACACCCCACUGUGGAACAGCAAUGAGUCCGUCACACCGCCCCCCUCCAAAAGACCCUCAAUUCCCUCAAUAUGACUCCCCCAGUUACUGCAGCUCCCCCUACUGGUAUGGACAAAUGUCGCACAGUGGCAGCCCCAGCCCACACUCAAAUACAGCCAUGCAAACGCACAACAAUCCACACACAAGUCCUCUAGGAAAUGUAAAUUUGCUAUUGAGCCCCAAUGCAAACACACAAACCCUUUCAAACCAGCAUGACACACACCACAAUACACAACUCCAUGCUAACCUAAGCUCACAUUCCAAACCCUACGCCAGCCCACACUUGCAGAACAAUACCCUUUCAAAUGCUCACAACAAUAACCACCACAAUGAACACAGUAACACCCCACUACCGUCCCAGUCCACACUCAGUCCAAACCUCCACUCUCGAUCGACACCCACACUCUAUGAAGAGCGGGGCUCCCCUUCAACUAUGGCCACGCAUCGACAGGAUCUGACUCCGCAGCGGCAGGGCACGAUGCCACACUCACCCUACUCAAAGAGUCCUCUUGAGUCCCAUCAGCCGGAUACUAGCAGCUACUCUCUGUCUCAAGCAUCUUGUCAAGCCAUGGGGCAUCGCUAUCCCUCACAUGCAGUCCAGGGUAGCGGGGUGCUUUGCCAACUUCUGGACCCAGCAAACGAUGACAGCUUCAGCGUCACCAGCCUGUAACAGCAGAUGCAUUCGAAUCCAAGCUUUUACAAAUUUGCUACCUUUUUUUCAUUUUUGUAAAGGAAACUUUCUUGUGAGAGACUCUGUGAAAACGAAGGGCGAGAAUUUAGCUGCCAAUUUUGGACAUGAACGCUUUAAUUCUCCAGCAUUGACAAUCAAGAUCAACGCAAGCAUGCACACGCAAACCGCUCAAUCUCGCACGCAUGUGAAGACGACCCGCAGCACUUCACCCCAGGUGAACAAGGACAGGCCCCCAGCAGCUGAUGGAUGCCUGCUUAUUUUCCUCGUCUUGAUUUAUGGAGCACUCCAUUUCCCAGAAUUCCUUGUCUGCCCGAUCUUUCCGUGCUGAAUGUCUGCAGCGUCAACAGAACAAGAUUACAUUGCUUUCCCACGACUUCUGUUCUUUCUCAACUCUCUCUUCUCUGCUCGGGCAGCGACUGUCUCUUGCACUUGCCUCACUGAUCCUUGAUUUGUGUUGUUGCCAUCACCUGAUCUGUUCUAAUCUCAUCGUGUCCUUCUCUGUGAGCUGCCUGUGUUGUGUCCGAUCAAAGAUCUGCUCUUGAAAAACCAGCAUCUGUACAUACGACUCCAGCUCUAAAGCAAGGCUCCCCUCUUCCCUCCGAAGGUUUGUCAGCAACAUGUUUCCUCAUCAAGGUUUCUGAGAGGGGGCGGAGUCGCAGCAGCAUGGAGGCCCUACAUCCUGUGUUUGGCUGUUUUAUCUUCUCGGGAAAGAGACAGUGAAAUCACACCCCAAAGAGACGGUUUCCUGUGUGCAAAAAGAGGACGACCAGCUUGUGCGACUGCAUGUACUUGUGUGGAUGUGUGUGUGUGUGUGUGUGUAUAUGUGCGUGCCUGCAGACGUGAAGCCCCACCCCCUCGGACUCAAAAGUCUUGGCUUCAUUCUCUCUUUCCCUUUUUCUGUGGUCUUGUGUUGUUUUGUGGUUUUGUGAUAUAAGAAAUUGUAUAUCUGUCUGUUACAUAUCAUGUAUGUAUCUGAGGUGCAAAAUAUUUAAAUACACAUUCUGUUCUU